AUGGACGUGGACGUGGACAUGGACGUGGACGUGGACGUGGACGUGGACAUGGACGUGGACGUGGACGUGGACGUGGACGUGGACGUGGACGUGGACGUGGACAUGGACGUGGACGUGGACGUGGACGUGGACGUGGACGUGGACGUGGACGUGGACGUGGACAUGGACGUGGACGUGGACGUGGACGUGGACGUGGACGUGGACGUGGACGUGGACGUGGACGUGGACGUGGACGUGGACGUGGACGUGGACGUGGACGUGGACGUGGACAUGACAUGGACGUGGACGUGGACGUGGACGUGGACGUGGCUGGACGUGGACGUGGACGUGGACGUGGACGUGGACGUGGACGUGGACGUGGACGUGGACGUGGACGUGGACGUGGACGUGGACGUGGACGUGGACGUGGACGUGGACGUGGUGGUGGACGUGGACGUGGACGUGGACGUGGACGUGGACAUGGACGUGGACGUGGACGUGGACGUGGACGUGGACAUGGACGUGGACAUGGACGUGGACGUGGACAUGGACGUGGACGUGGACGUGGACGUGGACCGUGGACGACUGGACGUGGACAUGGACGUGGACGUGGACGUGGACAUGGACGUGGACGUGGACGUGGACGUGGACGUGGACGUGGACGUGGACGUGGACGUGGACGUGGACGUGGACGUGGACGUGGACGUGGACGUGGACGUGGACGUGGACGUGGACGUGGACAUGGACGUGGACGUGGACGUGGACGUGGACGUGGACAUGGACGUGGACGUGGACGUGGACGUGGACGUGGACAUGGACGUGGACAUGGACGUGGACGUGGACGUGGACAUGGACGUGGAGUGGACUGGACGACGUGGACGUGGACGUGGACGUGGGGACUUGGACGUGGACAUGGACGUGGACGUGGACGUGGACGUGGACGUGGACGUGGACAUGGACGUGGACAUGGACGUGGACGUGGACGUGGACGUGGACGUGGACGUGGACGUGGACGUGGACGUGGACGUGGACGUGGACGUGGACGUGGACGUGGACGUGGACAUGGACGUGGACGUGGACGUGGACAUGGACGUGGACGUGGACGUGGACGUGGACAUGGACGUGGACAUGGACGUGGACGUGGACCGUGGACUGGACGUGGACGUGGACGUGGACGUGGACGUGGACGUGGACAUGGACGUGGACGUGGACGUGGACAUGGACGUGGACGUGGACGUGGACAUGGACGUGGACGUGGACGUGGACGUGGACGUGGACGUGGACGUGGACGUGGACGUGGACGUGGACGUGGACGUGGACGUGGACGUGGACAUGGACGUGGACGUGGACGUGGACGUGGACGUGGACAUGGACGUGGACGUGGACGUGGACAUGGACGUGGACGUGGACGUGGACGUGGACAUGGACGUGGACGUGGACGUGGACGUGGACGUGGACAUGGACGUGGACAUGGACGUGGACGUGGACAUGGACGUGGACGUGGACGUGGACAUGGACGUGGACAUGGACGAAACGUGGACGUGGACGUGGACGUGGACAUGGACGUGGACGUGGACGUGGACGUGGACGUGGACGUGGACGUGGACGUGGACGUGGACGUGA